GAAUGAGAUUAUUGUACUAUACUUACAGAUGAUAAAGAAGCAUCUAUUGUGCGUUUUAUAAAAAAUAAGAACAGAUGUUUACAGGCAAUUAACAAACAGGACAUAACCAAAUUAAUUAUUAAUGUGCUUCGUGUGAGAGAUUACACUAAUACAAAAAUGAAAGGUGGACGGAAGUUUCAAAAGUUAUCAUUAAAUGCUCGAGCUGCUCUAGAAAAGGGAAAAUUGAGUCGAUCAUUUUGGCUUCGUUUUAAUGCUAAACAUAGCAGCCUUACAAUCAAACGCCAAGGGAGUGUCUCGAUAAACCGUGCACUUAAUUGUUCAAGAGAAAUGGCAUGUAAUCAUUUAGAUUCCCUUGCUAAAGAACUAGUAGAUGUUGGUAUUAUGAUAAAUGAAAAAAUGAUUGAAACAGGGGUUUGGAAUGGCACCGUUGAUACAUGCCGAAUAUUUAAUUGUGAUGAAACACCCCAGUUUAUUAAUUAUGGAAUUGAUGGUACCACUUCUGGAUUAUUUUAUGCUGGCAAAGGAGAUGCAUGUCAAAGAAUGUAUAGAGAAAACAGAGAAUGUGUCACAAUUCAACCAUUUGUUUCAUUUUCAGGCGACAUAUGUAUGUGUCAGGUAAUAUUUAAAUGUACUGGUAUUACUAGUUCUAUGGUUCCAACAGAAGCAGUAAAUAAAAUUCCCCAUUUGUUGGUCACAACAACAGAUAAUGGAGUAUCAACCCAUGAAUCUUUCUUGGCAGCAUUGAAAGAGUUUGAUGUCUACUUAAAUGAAAAAAAUGUUAAGCGACCCAUCGUCUUAUUAUCAGAUGGACAUAGCUCUAGACUAGACUUUGAUGUAUUAUCUUUUUUGGAGUCCAAAAGAAUUCAUCUUUUUCUUACUCCACCAGACACAACAGGAGUUACUCAACUUCUUGACCAAGUAAACAAGAACAUUCAUAGUGAGUAUCGUAAGCAAAAAGACUCUAUGUUUUCUGAUAUCUGUUCCUUAAACAAAGAAGCUUUUAUGUUAGUUUUAACUAAUAUAUGGGACAAGUGGACAACCAAAGAAACGCUUGUAAAAUCUGCUAAAAGGGUUGGUGUUGCCGAAAAUGCAUUGAGUGUUGAUUUUAUGCAAAAAGACAAAUUCGAACGAGCAGAAAACUGUAUUAAACCAGAAAAACAGACUUCUCCAGUAAUUUCUUCGCCGGAUGAAAGACGUGGUUCAGCAAAUUAUUGGAAAUCAAAAUUUGAACAAGCGAUGGAGUUGAUUGAUGAACUUCAUGAAAAAAGCAUUCAGCUGGAAGAAAUACCUGGUUUUAUGACAACCAAAAAGAUAAAGCCAAAAUUAACAAAAGAUGCAACACGUGUUACCCAAGUACAUGGAUCAAUGACUGCAAGCGAUGUAAUAACUCUAGUUGAAAGCAUAAAAAGAAAAAAAGGAAAAGAAAAGGAAAAAAAAGAAAAUGCUGCAAAAAAGAAAGAGGAAGUUACAAGACUCUUUAUAACAUGUAAGCUUCAAUGCUAUUGCGAGGAGAUAAAAUGUAAAGCUUUUGGCUUAAAGCAGUGUCCAACCUGCCUCAAUAUAAUGCGGUCCAUUUGCAGCAAAGCAAACUGCAAAGUAAAUGGAAAAAACCCAGAAAAGAUUUUAUCUGCAGCUGCUAGAAAGAAAUAA